AUGCACCUGCUUGUCAGCUUCAAUGUUAUCUUGGACUGUCUCAUGGGUUGCACCUCGGGCGCGGUCAAAGCACUGGAAGCGGGUCGGCCCACAGGUGCAGCCCGCAUGCUCCAUUUCCGCACUUUAGACUGGUCAAUGGAUCCUCUCCGGUCGAUCAUCGUCCAGCUGGAAUUUGUUCGAAGCAGAUCGGCCACGCCUGCUGAGAUUGUCGCUCGAAGCGUCACCUACGUGGGGUUUACUGGCAUCUUGACCGGAGUACGUCAAGACUUGAGUCUCUCUCUCAAUUUCCGAGGUGUACACAAUGCCGCACGUAGACGCGACCAUGCGAGAUUCUACCUUCAUCAUCUGCUUGUUCUGCUGGGAUACCGCCCGUCCAUAUCAAGCAUACUCCGAGAAUAUAUAACGCCGGAGGACCCAGAAGAUGACCAGUGCAAGACUCUGCAAGAGAUCUCAGACGAGCUCAUCCCCCGUCACACCACGGCGGCUUACCUGCUGUUUUGUGACGGUGUGUCGGCGAUAGUCAUUGAAAAGGAUUAUGAGACCGGCGUCGUCCGACAAUCCAAUACCUUUAUCGGCGUUACAAACAAUGAUGAAGAAGAGUUGGGAUCGUCGAACGAAGCCACUCCUUUGGCGGCGCAAGUCUCAGCCAAGGCUUGUGCAGUGAGAGCUGGAAUGGAAGCAAUUAUUGAAGAAAGUCGCGACAGACUUGAUGCAAUCUCCUCGAAAUGGAGAGCUUGUCUGCGAAAGGCGAAAAGAAAGUCCCAAAAAGUAGGCAACGACCCCAGCCAAGCAGAACGAAAUCUGGCAAUCACAACAGACGUGGUGAUCGACUGGGUUUCGGCGUAUCCAACGACCAACGAACAAACUCAUUUCGCGACUCUCAUGGAUCCUCUGAACGGACGAGUGGUCUGGACACGGAUCUAUCCUGAGGCUGUUGAUUGA